AUGGUGUCUUUGGCAGCCUUCCGCGUGAACAGCGGUAGCACCCUCGGCGCCGCGCUGAGCCUCGCGGUCACCACCAUGGGUGCUGGUAUUCUCACCCUCCCGUCCGCCUACGCAGAUGCCGGCAUCAUCCCCGCUACGUUGGUGCUGACCGGAGUGGCGGUAUUCACCGUCUUCUCGGUGGACUUCAUCAUCCUCGGCGUGGACAAGUUGGGGCGUAACUCGUACGAGGAGCUCACCGGUGAGCUGCUGGGCCGCCAUGCAGAGGAAUUUAUUCGGUGGAUGCUGAUUACGUACAACACCGGGGCUGCGAUUAGCUACCUCGUCGUGGUAGAAGAUCUUGUGGCGCCGUUGCAGCCGCUGGUGACGAGCCACUUCCCGCUGCUCACCACGUCGAAGCACACCCUGCUGGCGGUGUGGACGGUGCUGAUCCUGCCGCUGUCCUGCGUGCCCACCCUCGGCGCGCUGCACGUCUCCUCCUUCCUCGCCAUCACGGCCACCAGCCUGAUCUGCUGCAUGAUCAUCUUCCGCUACUUCGUGCCGGGGCCGACGGAGCCGUCCGCGAUGACGGCGCAGGCCGUGGCGAGCGGCACCGCGACGGCGUCGUGGUGGUGGGGCGUCAACCCUCUGCUGGCCUUGCCCAUCAUCAUGUUCUCCUUCGACUGUCAGUCCCUCGUAUUCCAGAUCUACGCCGGCCUGGAUGAUAUGCGCCGUAGCAACAUGAUGAAGGUGUCGGUGCUCAGCCUGAUCGUGACGGGUGUCAUCCACGCCGCCGUUGGCUUCUUCGGCUACAUUUCGAAUCCCAUCGACGUGCGCGACAACAUCAUCAGCAACUACGACCCGAAGGUCGACCGGCUCUUCACGGUGGGCUACGUCCUCUACGCGGCCCCGAUCAUCUUAGCGUUUGUCAUCAUGCUAUUUCCAAUUCGCGACUCCAUCUUUAUUCUGUGGUACGGCUACAGCUCUGCCUCCGUGGCCACCCACGUGCCGCGCAGCAAAGACUUUACCCGUCUCGUGGACCAAGAAGAAAAACUGAAGUUGCUGUCGCUUGUGGAGGGUGAAGCCGGUGAGACUCUGAAUAAGACGUAUGGAAGCGUCGAGGAAGAACUACAGUACGUCGUGAAAUCGAAGAAGCACCACAACAGCAUCGAGACCAUCCCCGCACGCGACCACCUGCUGAUCAGCAUCACCUUGAGCACGCUCUGCGUGUCUGUGGCGCUGAUUGUGCCGGGCAUCGUCUCGGUGGUGGCGCUGCUCGGCGGGUUGUGCAGCUCCACGUUGUGCUUCACCGUCCCCGGGCUGUACCGCUGGCAGAUGCACUACAACCACAUUGCACGUUGUCACUCCGUUUCGGAGUGGUGUAUGAUGGUGCUGAUGGUGGUUCUCGGCGCGGCGGCAACGGUGCUGGGCACGGCGGUCUCCAUCCAAGACGUGUUCUUCUCUCAUUGA